AUGGCAGAGUCCGACGUGUGUGAGCUUUCCAAAAUGACAACUAAAGAGUGGGCCUAUUUCAUGGACGGGGACGAUGGACUAACACCCAACGAAGCGGAAUUUUUAGAAAUGGUCGAAAGUGGUGAUGUUGUUAAAACUAAGAUGUUAUUGAAGAAUGGAUUAUUUGACGUCAACUGCGUUGUCAUGCGGGGUAUGCUACCAGUUACGGCAAUCCAGCUUGCCGCUGAAAGCAACAACUUCCAGAUGGUUCGAUUGCUGUUGGAUAGUGGUGUGAAACGUAUUCCUAAACCGUCGAUAUGCAUUGGAGAAGAACAGAUUUUGGACGAUGACUUGAGUUACAGCAUAUUUUGUGGACUUGCUUCACCCGCAUACCUAAACCUCGCUAACCGUGAUCCAGUGAUGGCAUCGAUGGAUCUAGCAAACGAUUUACAGAAAGUAACAGAAGCAAAAGAAUCUCAAAUGACAUCAGUGGAAAGAUAUAUUGAAUUGAAAAAUAAGGUACAACAGCAUACCCUAGAUUUACUUGAUUGCUGUGAAUGUUCUGAAGAAGUGUCUACUUUGAUUCUUGGAUACAAUUAUGAUGAAAAUGCGGAAAGAAAACUUCUUCUGAAAGGAAAAGUGGUCACCAAAGCCAUAGCAACCAAGCAUAAAAAGUUCAUAGCACACUACAAAUGUCAGAACGUGAUUAGAAAGCUUUGGAACAAAGGCCAACCAGGAUGGCAUUGCAGGAAUAGCUUUUGGUGGUGGGUUUUGUACUGCAUAUACUGUUUGAUUGUAUACGUGUUACUAAUGCCGUUACUUGCCGUCAUGUAUAUCAUAGCACCUUGCUCGUCUGUGGCGAAAAUUCUGGACAACCCUAAAGCCAAAUUUUUAACGCAAAUGGUGGCAUACUUGCAAUUUGUUAUUUUAGGCAUCUUGCUUAACUUCGGUCCUGGUGGUAUGUUUUAUGCGGAUUAUGCCUAUGAGUAUUUCUUAUUUUGUCUCAUAAUUUAUGAAAUUGCGCUUAUCUGGGGGGAAAUUCGAGAAAUGAGAAUAAGCGGAUUGAUAUGUUACUUCAAUUCUUUUUGGAACUACAUGGAUCUACUGGUACUGUUCUCGUUUCUUGCGGACUCCUCGCUUCGUAUUGUUAGUUUGUUAAGUGGCGAGUACGUCAAUCCUGAGGUUAACUUAUUCUGGAUCACCUGGACGGCUUUAAUUCUUACUGUUGCUUGUCUUCGAUUCUUGAACAAUUUCUACCUUUCCUUCUAUCUUGGUCCCAUGCUACUAAUCUUCACUGCAAUGACCAGUGACGUCAUCAGAUUUCUCAUUAUAUUUCUAUACACUGUAACGGCGUUUGCACUCGGAUUCUACUACCUGUAUGAUGAUUUUGGUACCGACACUGUGUUUAGCGAAUUUACCUCGUCUUUUGUUGUUUUGGUCACAACGAUCUUUGGAGGCAACCCAAUCGAAAGUUUGAAAGCGAAGGGUAUGGUUUUCAACUUAACUGGUGCCGGAUAUGGCGUAGUUGAUGCAAGACCUAUGUACAAAACAAUGGGGUUUAUACUAUAUGCAUCGUUUGGUACUAUAUGUAUGCUCGUAUUGCUAAAUAUCUGCAUUGCCAUGAUGUCUGACACUUAUGCAAAGAUGAAGAACAGUAUCGAGAUUGAGUAUACGUUUAUGCAGACAAAAAUGUGGCUGAGUUAUGUCGACGCCCCCGUAUUGCCAGCUCCGUAUAAUAUCAUCCCAUCAGUUUCUUGUUUGAUUUCCAUUGUCAAAAAGUGUGUUCGUAUGUGUCGGCCUAGCUCAAAUACAGAUGAAGACGUUGAGUUAACUAUACCGAAGGAUAACAGACGAAAAAUGCAGACAAACAAAGGAUUACUCUACGAGGAGAUUGUGCGGAACCGUCUGAGAGCCAGAAAUGUCAGGCCUAGGCGCCAGGCUGUUAGGCUAGUCUAUUGGCGCCCUGGUGAACGCUUCACUGAUGCCAUACAGCACAAUCAGUUUGGUGGUGGCAGCAUCAUGGAAUGGGAUGGCUUCAGCUACCACCAAAGGACCCCUCUCCAUGUUAUUGAUGACAAAUUAACUGGAUUACGUUACAGAGACGAGAUCCUGCGACCUAUUGUAUUAACUUGUCUACAUAGAAUAGAUGCUGCGGCAGUCCCACAGGAUGAAAAUGCCAUACCACACCGUGCACGUGUUGUCACAGAUUUUCGAAUCCAACACAACAUCAACAGAAUGGAUUGGCCUGCUUAUUCACCUGGCAUGGCACCAAUUGAACGUUUGUGGGAUCAAAAGGUGGUCAAACCUAUUAUUGAAAUGUUCCAUGAUCUGGGAUUUUCAUUUUCAACCCUUCUCUCUUUCAGAACUCAUGCAACGAAAUGUGUAAUGGUUACAUUCAGUCCUCAUCAUCUGUUUCAUUGUGCAGAUGUUUCACAUUAA